GCUCUGUCACGUGUCCCCGACCGAGCGCGCUCCCGCUUGGCGCUUGCGCAGAGAGCGGCCCCCAGCUAUUUUUCUCCGUGGCAGCGGCGACGAGCGGAAGUUCUUGGGAGCGCCAGUUCCGUCUGUGUGUUCGAGUGGACAAAAUGGCGAAGAUCGCCAAGACUCACGAAGAUAUUGAAGCACAGAUCCGAGAAAUUCAAGGCAAGAAGGCAGCUCUUGAUGAAGCUCAAGGAGUGGGCCUUGAUUCUACGGGUUAUUAUGACCAGGAAAUUUACGGUGGAAGUGACAGCAGGUUUGCUGGAUAUGUGACAUCAAUUGCUGCAACUGAACUUGAAGAUGAUGACGAUGACUACUCAUCAUCUACAAGUUUGCUUGGUCAGAAGAAGCCAGGAUAUCAUGCCCCUGUGGCAUUGCUUAAUGAUAUACCACAGUCAACAGAACAGUAUGAUCCAUUUGCUGAGCAUCGACCUCCGAAGAUUGCAGAUCGGGAAGAUGAAUACAAAAAGCACAGGCGGACCAUGAUAAUUUCCCCUGAGCGUCUUGAUCCUUUUGCAGAUGGAGGGAAGACCCCUGAUCCUAAAAUGAAUGCUAGGACUUACAUGGAUGUAAUGCGAGAACAGCAUUUAACUAAAGAAGAGAGAGAAAUUAGGCAACAGCUAGCAGAAAAAGCUAAGGCUGGAGAACUAAAAGUCGUCAAUGGAGCAGCAGCAUCCCAGCCUCCCUCAAAACGGAAACGACGUUGGGAUCAAACAGCUGAUCAGACUCCUGGUGCCACUCCAAAAAAGCUAUCAAGUUGGGAUCAAGCAGAGACCCCUGGACAUACCCCUUCCUUAAGAUGGGAUGAAACACCAGGUCGUGCAAAGGGAAGUGAAACUCCUGGAGCAACCCCAGGCUCAAAAAUAUGGGAUCCUACCCCUAGUCACACACCUGCGGGAGCUGCUACUCCUGGACGAGGCGAUACACCAGGCCACGCAACACCAGGCCAUGGAGGCGCAACUUCCAGUGCUCGUAAAAACAGAUGGGAUGAGACCCCCAAAACAGAAAGAGAUACUCCUGGGCAUGGAAGUGGAUGGGCUGAGACUCCUCGAACAGAUCGAGGUGGAGAUUCCAUUGGUGAAACGCCAACUCCUGGAGCCAGUAAAAGAAAGUCACGUUGGGAUGAAACACCAGCUAGUCAGAUGGGUGGAAGCACUCCUGUUCUGACCCCUGGAAAGACACCAAUUGGCACGCCAGCCAUGAACAUGGCCACCCCUACUCCAGGUCAUAUAAUGAGUAUGACUCCUGAGCAGCUUCAGGCUUGGCGGUGGGAGCGAGAAAUUGAUGAGAGAAAUCGCCCGUUGUCUGAUGAAGAAUUAGAUGCUAUGUUCCCAGAAGGAUAUAAGGUACUUCCCCCUCCAGCUGGAUAUGUUCCUAUUCGAACUCCAGCUCGAAAGCUGACAGCAACUCCAACACCUUUGGGUGGUAUGACAGGUUUCCACAUGCAAACAGAAGAUAGAACUAUGAAAAACGUUAAUGACCAACCAUCUGGAAAUCUUCCAUUUUUAAAACCUGAUGAUAUUCAGUACUUUGAUAAACUUUUGGUUGAUGUCGAUGAAUCAACUCUUAGUCCAGAAGAGCAAAAAGAGAGAAAAAUAAUGAAGUUGCUUUUAAAAAUUAAGAAUGGAACACCUCCUAUGAGAAAGGCUGCAUUGCGUCAGAUUACUGAUAAAGCUCGUGAAUUUGGAGCUGGUCCUUUGUUUAAUCAGAUUCUUCCUCUGCUGAUGUCACCUACACUUGAGGAUCAAGAGCGUCAUUUACUUGUGAAAGUUAUUGAUAGAAUAUUAUACAAACUUGAUGACUUAGUUCGACCAUAUGUACACAAGAUCCUAGUGGUCAUUGAACCAUUGUUGAUUGAUGAAGAUUACUACGCUCGAGUGGAAGGCAGAGAGAUUAUUUCUAAUUUGGCAAAGGCUGCUGGACUGGCUACUAUGAUCUCUACCAUGAGACCUGAUAUAGAUAACAUGGAUGAGUAUGUCCGUAACACAACAGCUAGAGCUUUUGCUGUUGUAGCCUCUGCUCUGGGCAUUCCUUCAUUAUUGCCUUUCUUAAAAGCUGUGUGCAAAAGCAAGAAGUCCUGGCAAGCGAGACACACUGGUAUAAAGAUUGUACAGCAGAUAGCUAUUCUCAUGGGCUGUGCCAUCUUGCCACAUCUCAGAAGUUUAGUUGAAAUCAUUGAACAUGGUCUUGUGGAUGAGCAGCAAAAAGUUCGGACCAUUAGUGCUUUGGCCAUUGCUGCCUUGGCUGAAGCAGCAACCCCUUAUGGUAUUGAAUCUUUCGAUUCUGUGUUAAAGCCUCUAUGGAAGGGUAUCCGCCAACACAGAGGAAAGGGUCUUGCGGCUUUCUUAAAGGCUAUUGGGUAUCUUAUUCCUCUUAUGGAUGCAGAAUAUGCCAACUACUAUACUAGAGAAGUGAUGUUAAUUCUUAUUCGAGAAUUCCAGUCUCCUGAUGAAGAAAUGAAGAAAAUUGUGCUAAAGGUGGUAAAGCAGUGUUGUGGAACAGAUGGUGUAGAAGCAAACUACAUUAAAACAGAGAUCCUUCCUCCCUUUUUUAAACACUUUUGGCAACAUAGAAUGGCUUUGGAUAGAAGAAAUUACCGACAGUUAGUUGAUACUACUGUGGAGUUGGCAAACAAAGUAGGUGCAGCAGAAAUUAUAUCCAGGAUUGUGGAUGAUCUAAAAGAUGAAGCUGAACAGUACAGAAAAAUGGUUAUGGAGACAAUUGAGAAAAUUAUGGGCAACUUGGGAGCAGCAGAUAUUGAUCAUAAACUUGAAGAACAACUGAUUGAUGGUAUUCUUUAUGCUUUCCAAGAACAGACUACAGAGGACUCAGUAAUGUUGAACGGCUUUGGUACAGUGGUCAAUGCUCUCGGCAAACGAGUCAAACCUUACUUGCCUCAGAUCUGUGGUACAGUUUUGUGGCGUUUAAAUAACAAAUCAGCAAAAGUUAGGCAGCAGGCAGCUGACUUGAUCUCUCGAACAGCUGUUGUCAUGAAGACUUGUCAAGAGGAAAAAUUGAUGGGGCAUUUGGGUGUUGUUUUGUAUGAGUACUUGGGUGAAGAGUACCCUGAAGUUUUGGGCAGCAUUCUUGGAGCACUGAAGGCCAUUGUAAAUGUAAUAGGUAUGCAUAAGAUGACCCCACCAAUUAAAGAUCUGCUGCCUAGACUCACCCCCAUCUUAAAGAAUAGGCAUGAAAAAGUACAGGAGAAUUGUAUUGAUCUUGUUGGGCGUAUUGCUGAUAGGGGAGCUGAAUAUGUGUCUGCAAGAGAAUGGAUGAGGAUUUGCUUUGAACUUUUAGAGCUCUUAAAAGCACACAAAAAAGCUAUUCGUAGAGCCACAGUCAAUACAUUUGGUUAUAUUGCGAAGGCCAUUGGCCCUCAUGAUGUAUUGGCUACACUUCUCAACAACCUAAAAGUUCAAGAAAGGCAGAACAGAGUUUGUACAACUGUGGCCAUAGCUAUUGUUGCUGAAACAUGUUCACCCUUCACAGUACUACCUGCCUUAAUGAAUGAAUACAGAGUUCCUGAACUGAAUGUUCAAAAUGGAGUGUUAAAGUCACUUUCCUUCUUGUUUGAAUAUAUUGGUGAAAUGGGAAAGGACUACAUUUAUGCUGUAACACCACUACUUGAGGAUGCUUUAAUGGAUAGGGACCUUGUACACAGACAGACUGCUAGUGCAGUGGUGCAACACAUGUCACUUGGAGUUUAUGGAUUUGGUUGCGAAGAUUCGCUGAAUCACUUGUUGAACUAUGUAUGGCCCAAUGUGUUCGAGACAUCUCCCCAUGUAAUUCAGGCAGUUAUGGGGGCCCUGGAGGGUCUGAGAGUUGCGAUUGGACCAUGUAGAAUGCUACAGUAUUGUUUACAGGGUUUGUUUCACCCAGCCCGGAAAGUCAGAGAUGUGUAUUGGAAAAUUUACAACUCCAUCUACAUCGGUUCACAGGAUGCUCUCAUAGCACAUUACCCAAGAAUCUACAACGAUGAUAAGAACACCUAUAUUCGUUAUGAACUUGACUAUAUCUUGUAACUUUAUUGUUUAUUUUGUGUUUACUGCACAGCUGUUUCACACCUUAAACUUGCUUUGAUUUGGUGAUGUAAACUUUUAAACAUUGCAGAUCAGCGUAGAACUGGUCAUAGAGAAAGAGCUAGAAAUCCAGUAGCAUGAUUUUUAAAUAACCUUUGUUUUUGAUGUUAAGCAGUAAACGCCAGUAGUGACCAAGAACACAGUGAUUACACACACUAUACUGGAGGGCUUUCAUUUUUAAUUCAUGUUUAUGAAGAUUUAGAAUUCAUUCCUUGUGUUUAAAGGGAAUGUUUAAUUGAGAAAUAAACAUUUGUGUACAAAAUGCUAA